CGUAAUGAGCUGUGCGCCUCCAGGAGCCGCGCAUCGACGCUGCUGUGCGCAAAUCAAACCAACUGAACCAAAAUAGUAGAGAAACAUGAAUCUGUCCUCCACGAACUCCUCUGCGUGGAAAGCGGAGUCCGUGCUGAUUUCGGUGGGAUUUUCGCUCAUCUUUCUGCUUGGCAUCGCGGGGAACUCUCUGGUCCUUGCAGUUCUUUGUCGCAACGGACAGAUGAGCACCAAGACCACCAACAUGUUCAUUUUCAGUCUGGGGAUGGCCGACCUCUGCUUCAUUGUUUUCUGCGUGCCGUUCCAAGCGACUAUCUACACCCUAGAUCAGUGGGUCUUUGGUCCGGUGCUUUGCAGAGCCGUGCACUUCAUCAUCUUCCUCACCAUGUACGCCAGCAUCUUCACACUGACCGCCGUUUCCCUGGACAGGUAUUUAGCCAUAUGUUACCCACUUCGCUCCCGGCAGAUGAGGACUCCAAAGAACGCUCUCAUCUCCAUCUGCCUGGUUUGGUCUUUGGCUUUUGUUUUCUCCACACCAUACCUUAGCUACUUCUCUCAGAUGGACCUUGACGGCACCUUGCUGUGUAUUCCUGCCUGGGAGCCCAGACCUCGCUUCAUAAUGGACCUGUGGACCUUCAUCUUUGGAUACCUCAUCCCCGUCCUGGUGCUCAGCCUCACAUACGCUCGCACCAUCCGCUACCUGUGGACCAGCGUAGAUCCUGCCAAAGACAAGUCAGAGUCAAGGCGUUCCAAGCGGAAAGUCACCAAAAUGAUCCUGAUUGUGGCAGCUCUAUUCUGUCUCUGCUGGCUCCCUCAUCACCUCGUCAUCCUCUGCAUGUGGUUCGGACAAUUCCCCCUCAACCACACAACAUAUGCCCUACGCAUCCUCUCCCAUUUGGUAGCCUACGCCAACUCAUGCCUCAAUCCCAUCGUCUACGCACUCGUCUCCAAGCAUUUCCGCAAAGGUUUCCAGAAGGUCUUCAGCUGCUCGAGGAAGAGGAGGGAGGAGAACAGGGUGCACGUCAUCCAGGCAGUAAACACAGUCAGCAAUAUUGAGACGAGACCCUCAGAGGAAGAAGCAGCUUCCACUGCAACCUGACAGAAGAGAAACUCUGAGAAACAUCUCUUAAAAAUGACAAAUUCUGUAAAUAUUUGAUUUCGCUGCUAUUAAUAAUUGGUAAAAAUAAGUGAAAAAGAAACUUUGAAGGAAGAUGCAAACUGUUUUUAUUUAUUAUUGUUGUUGAAAUUAUUCUUUGUGUUGGCAUAACCUUAGGUGUUAGACUAAAGACUAAAAUGUUGUUCCUAUCCAAAUGUAGUUUUUUCCAUUUAACAAAUACCAGCUUCGUCUCAGUCACACAGGGCAUGACAGUCCUAAGUACUUAAGAAGGUAACUGGACUUCUUUCUUGCUUCUGUUUAAUCUCUCAUCCUUGUUCAGAACUGAUGAAGCCUUUAGUUUCUGUUGUAAUUUUUUUUUUCUUUUGGUUCUACACACACUGGCUGUGUCUAUUUUCCAAACAGUAUGGUGGAAAAUUACCAUGCUGAUAUUCUUGUGCAUAAAUAUUUGAAAAGACAAAUGUGGCACAUUCAGGUACCUGGAAAUUGUACCUAAAGACAGUCCAUUCCAUUAGAAUGAUUGUCUUUUGACAGUGUGUGUUUAAAUGUCUGGUUUCAACUAUAUAUAACAGGGUCCAUAAGAUGAAGAUGUGAAUGAAAUGCCCAUAUCUUUCUAUGUAUUGCUCCAAUCUUGUGAAA